AUGACACUCUCUUUCUUUCUCAUUCUUAUAAUAUUUCACUUUCUCCUCAGCUUCGCACUUUCUCUCUCCUCCGACGGCCUCGCCCUUCUCGCUCUAAAAUCCGCCGUCGACCAAUCCUCCGCCGCCGCCGUCUUUUCCGACUGGAACGACGGCGACUUGACCCCUUGCUCCUGGUCUGGAAUUUCCUGCGCUAACAUCUCCGGCCAGCCGGAGCCGCGCGUGGUCGGAAUCUCCCUCGCUGGAAAGUCCCUCGCCGGUUACAUUCCCUCGGAGCUAGGCACACUUCGCUUUCUCCGGCGACUCAACCUCCACGACAACGACUUCUCCGGCGUUCUCCCGGUGCAACUCUCCAACGCCACCGCGCUUCACAGCCUCUUCCUCCACCGCAACAACCUCUCCGGUCCCUUCCCUCACUCACUCUGCACCCUCCCACGCCUCCAGAACGUCGACCUCUCCGACAAUGCCUUCUCUGGCCACAUCCCUAGCGACCUCAAAAACUGCAAGAACCUCCAACGGCUCAUUCUCGCCGUGAACAAAUUUUCCGGCGAGAUUCCUACCGGCGUGUGGCCGGAAUUGCGAAACCUCCUUCAACUCGACCUCUCGGCGAACGACCUAGAAGGUUCGAUCCCUAACGACAUCGGAACCCUCGGUUCCCUCUCCGGCACGCUGAACCUCUCGUUCAACCACCUCUCCGGUAGGGUUCCGUCGUCUCUAGGGAAAUUACCGGCGACGGUUAGCUUCGACCUCAGAAACAACAAUUUCAGCGGUGAAAUUCCGCAAACGGGGUCGUUUUCGAACCAAGGUCCUACCGCGUUCCUCGGAAACCCCAAUUUAUGUGGGUUCCCUCUUAGAAAAUCAUGUUCCGGUUCAGACCGGGACUUUUCACCCGGUUCGCGUGAUGACACGCGCGAGCCGAGUAAACCGGGUUCAGGUCUAAGACCCGGUUUAAUAAUUUUAAUUUCGGUGGCUGAUGCUGUUGGUGUUGCUUUAAUUGGACUUGUUAUUGUUUAUGUUUAUUGGAAGAAAAAAGAUGAUUCUAAUGCUUGUAGUUGUGUUGGGGAGAGCAAGUUUGGUGAUGAAAAAGGGAAUGUGUGUGUGUGUGGAUUUCCAUGUGUGAGUGGUUCCAAGAGUGAGGAUGAUGAGUAUGAGGUGGAAGGGGGUGAAGAAGGGGAAGGGGAAGGAGAAUUGGUGAGGAUUGAUAAGGGUUUGAGCUUUGAGCUUGAUGAGCUUUUGAGAGCUUCAGCAUAUGUGUUGGGGAAGAGUGGGUUGGGGAUUGUGUAUAAGGUGGUGUUGGGGAAUGGGGUGCCUGUGGCUGUGAGGAGGUUAGGGGAAGGUGGGGAACAGAGGUAUAAGGAGUUUGCUGCUGAGGUUCAGGCUAUUGGGAAGGUGAGGCAUCCUAAUAUUGUGAGGUUGAGGGCUUAUUAUUGGGCACAUGACGAGAAGCUUCUCAUCAGUGAUUUCAUCUCCAAUGGCAAUUUGGCCAAUGCCCUGAGAGGGAGGAAUGGCCAACCAUCUUCAAACCUUUCAUGGUCCACCAGGCUGAGAAUCGCCAAAGGAACAGCCAGGGGCUUGGCCUAUCUCCAUGAAUGCAGUCCAAGAAAAUUCGUCCAUGGUGACAUCAAACCUUCCAACAUCCUACUUGACAAUGACUUCCAACCCUACAUUUCUGAUUUUGGUCUUAACCGCCUAAUCAGCAUCACUGGCAACAACCCCUCCACUGGUGGACUCAUGGGUGGAGCUCUUCCUUACAUGAAGUCAUCACAAAAAGACAGAACCAACAACAAUUACAAAGCCCCUGAGGCUCGUGUCCCUGGCUGCAGACCCACCCAAAAAUGGGAUGUGUACUCAUUUGGUGUUGUGUUGCUCGAAAUACUAACUGGGAGGUCACCAGAAUCAUCUCCCACCACAUCAACUUCUAUGGAAGUCCCUGACUUGGUAAGGUGGGUAAGAAAAGGGUUUGAUCAAGAAAGCCCUUUAUCUGAAAUGGUUGAUCCAUCACUUCUCCAAGAGGUGCGUGCCAAGAAAGAGGUGCUGGCUGUGUUUCAUGUAGCACUAGCAUGCACUGAAGGAGACCCUGAGGUCCGGCCUAGAAUGAAAACUGUCUCUGAAAACCUUGAUAAGAUUGGAACAUAA